AUGAUCAGGGCAUCAGCGGAACCCAAGUUCUAUCUAUCUCGCAAGUCUGGUCUAGAAUCAUGCAUGGUAAUCGCCUCAUAUAUCGAUGAUCUAGAUAUCAAAUCAGGUCGAAUAGAUGACUUCUCCAGACUUAUGAUUUGCGGUACAGGAUCUUUGCGUGGUCCACUAAACUUAGACAUCAUCGCAACUUUAUGCCUUGAAGUCACCACACAGCUGAACGAGUAUGGACCGCGCAUGAACUCAGAUCCUCUCGAAGCAUUGAGGAAAGCUGGACGCAAGCCAAUCCUUGACAAGCUAGAGCAUAUCAAAGAGCAGCUAUUGCAGAUCAUCGCACUUGGAAGUGCCAGCCUCAAACGAUACAACUUUCUUGCGGGGAUGCUUGCGCAGAUCCGGGCACUCGAGACAGGGCAAUCCGUGGACACCGCCGUCUACGAGGCCGUCAAGCAAAGCUUGAAGAACAGCUACGAUGCGCUUUUGGCUUCACAAACUGUUAACACCCCUCCAGACUCGAUCGACAGUCUGAUUAAUGCGCCUACCACAAUUUCCUCCGAGUCCUUCGACUUUGAUAUGGGGCUGUUGGACCCUGGCCAGUUCUUUGACCCUUUGAAUAUUUUCAGCCUCAGCGAGGUACCAGAUGGAACACAAUACGGAACCGAUUUCCUCUAG